AUGAGAAGCUCGAACUUAGGCAGUAGAAGUAUAGGCCUAUACCGGUCUAUUUGCGAAGAAAUAGGCCGGUCGCUUAAGGCGAACGGGACCACCUACCUAGAGAAGAGCCGCCCUGAGGGCCUAUACAGCGCUAAAGAUAGACGUAAGACGCGACCGGUAUAUAGCGAAAAGGAAAGCGGAUUAUUUACGGCAAAAAUCCGCGAAUUAGAAUACGCUAACCACGAUAUAAGCGGCGAGCUUAACCGUACACGUAUCUAUCUAGAGGAGUCCCUUAGCGAAAACCGCGAAAUACAAGCUAAAGUCCGUCGGCUUUAG